AUGGUUCCCAUAUAUCAUGCAAAAACAGGGGCCUUUGAGAGCAACUCUUUUUCUGGAACUAUUCCUUCUGAGCUUGGGAAAUUGGUGAACUUGGUUUAUUUGAAUCUUAAUUCAAACAAUCUCACUGGAGAGUUCCCUCUUGAUCUCACCAAUCCCACCAAGUUAACUGAACUUAGGAUCAGUAGUAACUACUUCACAGGAAGGAUGCCUGAGUUUGGCAAUUGUAAACAACUUCAGAUAUUGUAUUUAACAAGUAACUUAUUCAGUGGACCUAUUCCAGAAUGGAUCAAACUCAGAGAUGGUCACUACCAAAUAGAUCUUUCUUACAAUAACUUUUCCGAGACAUCUGAACCAUCUACUUGUCGAGAAACUUUCAAUCUCUUCAGGAGCUCAUCUGGACAGAAAAACAACUCGUAA